CUGUCCUACUUGCUUGCAACUCCUUUGUCUUUCCUCCCUCUCUUUUCUUCAAAUACACUUUCCUUACUCUCUCAUUCCAUUCGACUGUCCCUGUUCCACUUUAGUCUCUUCUCCCUUACUGUUGCAUUCUCAUUCUUUAUUCACAUUUGCCUCUUCUGUCAAUUCUCACUAGACACUCAUUCUCCACACACGUUGGACUCUUCCGUCCUUUUAACUGCUCCUUCAACGCCCAAGUGAUCCUAUUUUCCCACCCACGCUCUCCUUUUUCAUGGCACCAAAGGGAUAUACCUUCUGUUAUUAUGUGUCUGGUCAUGGGUUUGGUCAUGCAACACGCGUGAAUCAGAUUAUCACUGAACUCCUCCACUCUUCCACGUCUUCAGUCUCAACAGCCGUGUCAGAUGGACCUCUAACCUCUGUCAAGGGAUCAAACAGCACGUCAGGAUCCACAGAGGGAUUGUUUGUGAACUCUUCAGCUGCAGAACCUGUGCCUACAGCCACAACGACAAUCACUACCACAAUUACUCGAACAAUCUCUAGGCAUACCAUAUACAUAGUCUCGGAUGCACCCCAGUUUAUAUUCCAAGAUGUGAUUGCAUUAGGCGCCAUCUAUCGCAACGCAAAAGUCGAUUCUGGUGUUGUCCAACCACUGGCUUACUCGGUCGACCGACAAAAAACAAUAGAGGGUGUCAAGAGCUUUUUAGCAAAGCGUGAAGAAAUGAUUAAACAUGAGGUUUCAUGGCUAGCCCAAGUUGGCGCCAACUGCGUACUUGCAGAUGCUCCUUUCCUGCCAUGCGCUGCCGCAUAUGCAUAUGGAAUCCCUGCAUGCUUGAUCACCAAUUUUACAUUUGAUGAAGUCUAUCGCUUUCUAAGAGAAGGAGACCCAAUGGAUAGGGAUGUUAUCGCGUGCGCAGAUGCGGCUCUGGAGGAUUAUAAGAAAGCAUCUCUCUUGCUAAGGUUACCCGGAUCAAUCGAUAUUCCUUCAUUUGCGGAUGAAAUCUUGACACUAGAAUCAGGCGUACCUUUGACCGUGAGGAAACCUUUUGUUGGCAAUGCAAAUGAACAAGGAAUUAACAAUGCUGCUUUGGAUAAAACUGACCAGCAACCUCAGCAGAAUGGAAAUGACCAAUAUGAUUUAAUCCAUCGCAUGGACAGUCAACUUCAUUUGCAUUCAUCUCGUAGAAACCCUCCACUGUCCAUUGAUACGUCUACAGCAGUUCCAAAACAUACGGGAAUGCAGCGUCGCGCCAUUGAUGUACCAUUGGUUGUUCGUAAGGCAAUUAACACUCGCGAGGAUGUUCUUCGGUCUCUGGGUGUAGAUGAGGAGACUAUUCGAACAAAGAAGAUGGUUUUAGUUUCAUUUGGUGGUCAACGAUUGAAGCAAGGAUGGGGGAAUCCUUUGCCUGAUGGCUGGAUAGGCGUAAUCUGCGGUUUGCCUGUUUCACACGAGCUGCCGGACGGAUUCUAUAGAAGCCCACAUGGUGUUUACGUGCCUGAUUUGACCCAUGCUGCUGACAUUGUCAUUGGUAAAUUGGGCUAUGGAACAUGCUCCGAGUGCAUUGCGCAUGAUACCCCACUUAUUUAUGUUUCAAGACCACAGUUCGUGGAAGAGCAUGGUUUAAUCAAAUUGAUGAUUAAUCACGGUUUACCUGUUGAAAUGACCGCAGAAGAAUUCGAGACAGGACUCUGGCAGCGAUCCAUCUUGGAAGCAGACAGGCUAGCACAAGAAGAAAAAGAAGGCAGGCGGCUAUAUCUAGAGGCACUUCAUGAAGAAGAAAUCGAGAAGAACCAAAAGUCUAUCCAUCACAAUAUUGAUCAAGAAUCAGCGGGUAUUCCGCAGUUGGAGAAGACAAUGCCUGACCAUGAUCAAGAACACAACCACUAUGUUCGAAGGAGAUCGUCCAUUGCGUAUGGCAAUCCGUUACAGCGCCGAGCCUCAAAAGCAAAAUCACUAGCAGAAUCUGUCAAUAUGGCUGAGAUGGCAAGAGGCGGACCGAUUUCACCACCUAUCCAUGAUGAUGAUUUGCCAUUAUUAUCGCCUGCACGAUCUAGGAGAUCAGCAUCUAUCACAUCUUUGACUUCAGCAACAUUUCGAUCAAGAACUAUUAAUCAUAAUGAUAGCGAUCCUGCAGCUGGCGCUGUAAUACCAGGUGGACGACAGGACCCUUGCCUAGAUGCAAGUAUGCCGUCAGUGCCGCGUCCCGCAUGGUUCGAAAGGCGAAUCCCGCAUGAUGGUGGCAAAGUCUGUGCACAGCUUGUGGAGGAGUACAUGCGGAUAUGGGAAGAGCAUCAUCGGUCCUAAAUGAAUUUAAAUGAAUUAAUUUAUUAAUAAAAAUGUAUAUGAC